AUGUCCUCGCAAUCUCAGCCUCCUACGACCGACGUCCCUCUCACGCCUUCAAGCCCUCAGCUCGCCGAAGUCCGCGCCGCCAUUGUCAAGCUACUCAAGCAACCCGACUACGAUGAUGGCAGCGCUGGUCCAGUCAUUGUCCGCCUGGCCUGGCACAGUGCCGGCACCUACGAUAAGGCAACAGACACGGGUGGCUCGAACGGGGCUGGUAUGCGGUAUGAGGUAGAAGGCGGCGACCCGGCCAACGCGGGACUACAACAUGCGCGGGCUUUCCUCGAACCCAUCAAGCGCCAAUUCCCCUGGAUCACAUAUGCCGACUUAUGGACGCUGGCGGCGGUAGUUGCAAUCAAAGAAAUGGGCGGGCCAGAGAUCUCCUGGCGUGGCGGCCGGACCGACUUUACAGACGACAGCCGAUGUCCUCCACGCGGGCGACUACCCGACGGCUCAAAAGACGCGGACCACCUCCGCUGGAUCUUCUACCGCAUGGGGUUCAACGACCAAGAGAUCGUGGCGUUGUCCGGUGCGCACAACCUAGGCCGAUGCCACAGCGACCGAUCAGGAUUCGAAGGCAAAUGGGUCAACAAUCCAACACGCUUUAGCAACAUGUACUACAAGCUGCUGCGCAUGCAUGACUGGAAGAAGAAGAAGCUGGCCAACGGAUUCGAGCAGUACGUCUAUAUUGACAAGGACCUUGAAGGUGAAGAUGCCGACGGAGAAGAGCCUGAAGAGCUCAUGAUGCUUCCCACGGACAUUGCGUUGUUGCAUGACCCGUCCUUCCGCGUCUGGGUUGACAAAUACGCCGAAGAUAAAGAUCUCUUUUUCCGCGACUUUGCCAACGUUUUCGCGAAGCUCCUCGAGCUGGGCAUUCGACGUGGCGAGAACGGAAGGGUCAUCAACCAAGAAAACCUGGAGAGCGGGUACAAAAGUGCUCCGAAGAAACCGGACCAUGCUACGCACCCUACCGACCAGAAUGAAGGACAGAUCGGCCACGAGGCUGGUCCUCUGCGGGAGAAGAAUAUCAAGGCCAAGCUAUAA